AUGAAUCUUCCCCGGAGGGCGAGGAAGCGGCGGCGCCCGAUGCCGGGCUCCGGCUCCUCGGGGAGCGACGGCGACGGCGGAGACGGCCCGCUGGGCUCCUCCGGGCCGGGGCUGAGCCCGCCCGGCGCCGCGCCAGGGGAAUGCAAGCUCACAAUUCCCGACGGCCAAACCGACAAACGACUUUUGGCAAACUGGGGACUUCCUACGGCCGUUCUGGAGAAAUAUCACAGUUUUGGUGUAAAAAAGAUGUUCGAAUGGCAGGCAGAGUGCCUUUUGCUUGGACGCGUGCUAGAAGGAAAGAAUUUGGUCUAUUCAGCUCCUACAAGUGCUGGAAAAACUCUGGUUGCUGAAUUACUUAUUUUGAAGCGUGUUUUGGAAAUUCGGAAGAAAGCUUUGUUUAUUCUGCCCUUUGUGUCUGUGGCUAAAGAGAAGAAAUACUAUCUCCAGAGUUUGUUUCAGGAAGUAGGAAUAAAAGUAGAUGGGUAUAUGGGCAGUACUUCCCCAGCAAUGCAUUUCUCUUCCUUGGAUAUUGCUGUCUGCACAAUUGAGAGAGCCAAUGGUCUGAUCAAUCGCCUUAUAGAGGAAAAUAAGCUGGAUUUGCUAGGAAUAGUGGUUGUGGAUGAAUUGCAUAUGUUGGGAGACUCUCACCGAGGGUAUUUGUUGGAACUUUUGCUGACCAAGAUUUGCUAUAUUACUCGGAAAUCAACAUUUUGCCAAGCACAUUUAGCCAACCCUGACUCUAAUGCCAUACAGAUUGUUGGUAUGAGUGCAACUCUUCCUAAUUUGAAACUUGUAGCUUCCUGGUUGAAUGCUGAACUCUACCACACUGACUUUCGUCCUGUACCACUGUUGGAGUCCAUAAAAAUUGGAAAUUCCAUAUAUGAUUCUUCAAUGAAGCUUGUGAGGGAAUUUCAACCCAUGCUACAAGUGAAGGGAGAUGAGGAUCAUAUUGUUAGUUUAUGUUAUGAGACCAUUCGUGAUAACCAUUCAGUGCUACUUUUCUGUCCAUCAAAGAAAUGGUGUGAGAAGCUGGCAGAUACCAUUGCCCAUGAAUUUUACAAUCUGUACCAUCAGUCUGAGGGGCUGCAAAGAUCAUCUGAACUUCCACCAGUGAUUCUAGAACACAAGGGUAUCCUAGAAGUGAUGGAUCAAUUAAAACGUUUGCCUUCAGGACUGGACUCUGUUUUGAAAAAAACUGUACCAUGGGGAGUAGCGUUUCAUCAUGCAGGUCUUACUUUUGAGGAGAGGGAUAUUAUAGAAGGAGCCUUUCGUCAAGGUCAGAUUCGGGUCUUGGCAGCAACUUCGACUCUUUCAUCUGGGGUGAAUUUACCUGCACGCCGUGUAAUUAUUCGAACACCUAUUUUUAGUGGUCGACCACUAGAUAUUCUUUCUUACAAGCAGAUGGUUGGCCGCGCUGGUAGGAAAGGAGUGGACACAGUAGGUGAGAGUAUCUUAGUUUGUAAGAACUCUGAGAAGUCAAAAGGCAUUGCGUUAGUCCAGGGAUCUCUUAAACCUGUUCGCAGCUGUCUGAGAAGACAAGAAGGAGAAGAAGUAACUACGAGCAUGAUACGAGCUAUUUUGGAGAUUAUAGUCAGUGGAGUGGCAAGAACAUCACAAGAUAUGCAGACUUAUGCCUCUUGCACAUUUUUGGCUGUGAGUAUGAAAGAAGUGAAGCAGGGAAUUCCAGAAAAUCAAGAUUCUGUUCAACUUGGUGCAAUUGAGGCCUGUGUAAUGUGGCUGCUAGAAAAUGAAUUUAUUCAGAUUACUGAAGCUAGAGAUGGAACAGAAGAAAAAGUGUAUUGUCCAACACAUCUUGGUUCAGCAACUCUCUCCUCUUCACUUUCUCCGAUUGAUACUUUAGAUAUUUUUGCUGACCUCCAAAGAGCAAUGAAGGGCUUUGUUUUAGAGAAUGAUCUACAUAUUGUCUAUCUGGUUACACCUAUGUUUGAGGAUUGGACUACUAUUGAUUGGUAUCGAUUUUUCUGUUUAUGGGAGAAACUACCAACUUCAAUGAAACGAGUUGCAGAGCUAGUGGGAAUUGAAGAAGGUUUCUUGGCUCGUUGUGUGAAAGGAAAAGUAGUAGCCAGAACUGACAGACAAUACCGACAGAUGGCCAUCCAUAAAAGAUUUUUCACCAGUCUUGUGCUAUUAGAUUUAAUCAGUGAAGUUCCCUUAAAAGAAAUCAAUCAGAAGUUUGGAUGCAAUCGUGGACAGGUUCAAUCUCUGCAACAGUCAGCUGCAACUUAUGCAGGGAUGAUUACAGUGUUUUGCAACCGCCUGGGCUGGCACAACAUGGAACUACUCCUUUCCCAGUUUCAGAAGCGCCUCACCUUUGGUAUCCAGAGGGAACUGUGUGACUUGAUCCGGGUGUCCUUACUGAAUGCACAGCGAGCCAGGUUCCUUUAUGCUUCCGGCUUUCUUACUGUGGCAGAUCUUGCCAGGGCAGAUAUUUCUGAAGUGGAGACUGUUCUGAGAAGUGCUGCACCUUUUAAAAGUGCCCGAAAGGCAGUGGAUGAGGACGAGGAAGCAGCUGAAGAAAGGCGGAACAUGCGAACUAUUUGGGUGACUGGAAAAAAAGGCUUGACUGAAAGAGAAGCCGCAGCCCUAAUAGUGGAAGAAGCUAACAUGAUUCUGCAACAGGAUUUAGUGGAAAUGGGAGUGCAGUGGAAUCCAUAUUCCCUUUCAAAAUCUAAUUCAUUGUCCAGCAAUGAGUCAGAACUAAAGGAACAUAAGCUUGUACCUCAAAUUAAGCAUUUUAAGAAGAAACAAAAGGAAAAAAGUAAUGCACUAUCAAGGAACAAAAGUUAUACAGUAUUUCAUGAUUCUUCUGUUAUGCGUCCCCUAAAUACAAUGCAAGAUUUAAAUCAAAGUGGAGAGCAUACAGAUUCUACUUGUUAUGAGCCCCAGAAAGACAAUCAGGUACAUCAAAUACAUUGUUUUUCGAGAGCAAGAAAAUGGGUUUCUUCGAGUAUAAAUAAUAAGUUAGGAACCUCUCUGAGGAAACCAAGUAAGAUUGCUGUUCAGACUGUCUCACCUGAGAAAACUGAAAAAGAAACGUUCAGUUUGGAAAAGAUUAGUAAAACCUAUGGAUCUUCAAAACCGAGUAAACGUCUAAAACGUUUGAAAAACAGCAGCCCAGUGGAAGGCACUGGAAUGUCUAAAAUUAAUUUACAAGAACAGCCCGUAUCCAAUCCCUUUCAGAGUGAAAACUCGUUUACCUUUGACGAGAACAAUAUGAAAUUUAGAACUCCAGAGCCAUCUGCUAAAAUGGCAUCCUCUUGUGGCAAGGAAAAACAUAACAAAACUUCAUUCCCAGCACACCAAGAACAAAAUUGCUCACAGAACAGACCCCCUGCUAAUGACAUUCUUGCGGAACAGACUAUAGCAGAACUUCCAAAUAAAGCAGUGACCUGUCCAAUCUCUAGUGUGGUUAGUACAAAUGGAAGAGGAUUAGCUGUUGUUGAGUCAGAAAAUGUAAACAGUGCAUUAGUACAAAACGAUUCAAAAAACCAGACUGUGAAACACCAUGAUACUUAUCUAACUAACCAGAGUUUAAACAAUGAGUCUGAUAAAGAAAUAAAUAAUGAUGCCAAAGAGAAAAAAUUAAUAGAGAGACAAAUGCCCUAUGAGACAGCUAGUAGUUGUAGAAAUAGCGACUUAAAUGCCACUGAAUGUAAAAACAUCAAGUUUAAUACCGGGGAAAGGAAAUCGAAUGGUUUUCAAGUAUUGGGAGAUAAAAUAAGCAGCACUGAUAUACAUAGUGAAGUACUUCAGCCAGCUGAAACAUUCGAUAGAUCUGGAAACCAACAUGAAAAUUUUUUGAAUACAUGUGAAGUAGGGGAAGAACCAAAUGCUUAUACAGUAAGCAGGGGUAAAAAUAAUUGUGUUUCUAACCUAGGCUCAGAUUUUGAAGACAGUUUGUAUCUUGAUACUCAGUCAGAAAAAAUAAUACAACAGAUGACAAUUGAAAAUGCUAGAGAUGAAACAAAGGACUUCAACCUAGCCAAAGGAAUAAUGCAAAAGAGCUUUGACAAAAAGAGCUCAAUGAGCUCUUUACAGGAGAUUCACAUAGCUUUUCCUAGAGAUCCACACUUCUCAGAAGUAACAAAUGCAGAUCAUUUGAAACUUAAAAUAGAAGAUAUGAAAGAAAGCUCUGAUUCACAUGCUGUUGAUAGUCUGAUUCCAGAAAGCCCAAUUUUGUAUUCUCCGGUACUAAUUGGGGAAAAUGGUCCUUGUUUUAAAGGGAAUGAACAUUCUGUUACUGACUCCCAAUUAAAUAGUUUUCUUCAAGGUUAUCAGACACAAGAAACUAUUAAGCCAGUUAUACCUCUGGUUCCUCAAAAGUCAACUCCCACUGGCGUCGAGGUAGAAUGUCUGCCAGUUCGUGAAACAAGUUUGAAUUUGAGUGAUAGUUUACUAUUUGAUAGCUUCAGUGAAGAUUGCCCAGUAAAAGAACAACCUGAUCAACAAGCAAAAGAACCUCUAGAUCCUUCUGAAAUCACAUCAGCCCAUGUUAAGAAUUCUCUGUGUUUUCAACCAGAGGAGUCAAUUAAAAAGUCAAAUGGGAAUCAAGAUAAUCAGCAACUGUUGACUUGUUUUAGUGAUGAGUCUAUUAUCUUCUCAGAAAUAGAUUCAGCUCAGAUGGCUGACGCUUUGGAAAAUAGAGAUAUAUUUCCUACUCAAGAGAAACUUAAUACUUCAGUAUCUCUUAGGCCUUUAGAACUCAGUGAUCCAGCAAUUUUAAAUAAGGAUUAUCUUCAAAGAGAAGAAAUUGAAAGUGAUAAGGAUGAAAAGUCUCAAAAAUACAUAUUCUCUGGGACAAGGCAAAACAAAUCAUUCAUAUGGUCUGAGUCAUCAUUUGACUUAAGUACAGGACUGCAAAGGAUUUUAGAUAAAGUGCCCAGUCCUCUAGAAAGUAAAGAGCUAAACAUACAGAAGGGAAAACAUACAGAGCUAAAUGACAGACAAGAAGUGAUUUUGAAUUUGGAGUCAAAUCAAGUGUGUGGAAUUUUAUUAUCCUCUAAUACAGAAGCAAAAGGCAAGAUGGACACCGUGGAGAACAAUGUCACUCCCAGCAAAACCUCAUCUCUCCUGCCACAUAUUGAUGAUAAUGGUCUCAUUCCUCCUACACCCAUGCCAGCAUCUGCUUCUAAGUUGGCAUUUUCAGGUGUUUGUGGAACAUCUUCUAUAAAACUUCAGAAAAAUAGUAGCAUUUUACAACUUGGUGAAAGUCAUUCAUUGGAAUCACCUUCAAAUAUUAAAAAGCCCAAUUUAAGUUUCGAGUGUAGAAGUAUUUUCAGAAACAACAGUCCUACCCAAGAUACAAGUUUUUCACUGAAGUUAUCACAAGAUGAAUUGCAGUUAACUGCAUCCUCAUGCAGUUCAGAAAGUCUGACCAUAAUUGAUGUGGCAAGUGACCAAAGUCUUUUUGAAACAUUCAUUAAGGAGUGGCAAAGCAAAAAGCGAUUUUCCAUUUCACUGGCUUGUGAAAAGUUCAGCAAUUUGACAUCAUCUAAAAGUGCUACAAUUGGUGGUAGGUUUAAGCAAGCUAACUCACCUCAGGAAACUCCUAUUAGAGAUGAUGGAUUUCCUGUUAAAGGUUGUGAUGAUCUCUUUGUGGUCGGAUUGGCAGUAUGUUGGGGUGGAAGGGACGCCUACUAUUUUUCAUUGCAGAAGGAACAAAAGGAUUCUGAAAUUAGUGCCAGUUUGGCUGCACCUUCUCUGGAUCCAAGGCUGACUGUGAAAGACAGAAUGUGGCAUCUUCAGUCCUGUUUUCAAAAAGCAUCUGACAAAGAACGUUCGGUUAUCAUCUAUGAUUUCAUCCAGAGCUAUAAAAUUCUUCUUCAGUCUUGUGGCAUCUCCCUAGAACAAAGUUAUGAAGAUCCUAAGGUGGCAUGCUGGUUACUAGAUCCUGAUUCUAAGGAGCCAACUCUUCACAGCAUCAUUACCAGUUUUCUCCCUCAUGAGCUUCCACUCUUGGAAGGGAUAGAAACUGGCCAAGGAAUUCAAAGCCUGGGCCUAAAUGUGAGCACUGAGCAUUCUGGGAGAUACAGAGCAUCUGUGGAGUCCAUCCUUGUCUUCAACGCCAUGAAUCAACUUAACUCUUUGUUAAAGAAGGAAGACCUUCACGAUGUUUUCCAUAACGUGGAAAUGCCGUCUCAGUACUGCUUGGCCUUGUUAGAACUGAAUGGGAUUGGCUUUAGCACCACAGAGUGUGAAAGUCAGAAGCACAUAAUGCAGGCCAAGCUGGACUCCCUGGAGACUCAGGCCUAUCAGAUCGCAGGCCACACCUUUUCCUUCACAAGUUCCGAUGACAUUGCUGAGGUUUUAUUUCUGGAGUUGAAGUUACCACCAAACGGAGAGAUAAAAAACCAAAGCAGCAAGAAAACCCUGGGUGCCACCAGAAGAGGGAACAACAACGGACAGAAGCUAAAGCUGGGAAAACAGUUCAGCACUAGUAAGGAUGUUUUAAAUAAAUUAAAGGCAUUACAUCCUCUACCAGGCUUGAUAUUAGAAUGGAGAAGAAUCACGAAUGCUAUGACGAAGGUGGUCUUUCCCUUGCAACGGGAAAAGCAUCUGAAUCAUUUUCUGGGAAUGGAAAGGAUCUAUCCUACGUCACAGUCACACACAGCUACAGGACGAAUCACUUUUGUAGAGCCAAAUAUUCAAAAUGUGCCAAAAGAUUUUGAGAUCAAAAUGCCAACACUAGUCGAGGAGAGUCCACCUUCCCAGGUGGCAGGCAGGGGCCUCCUUCCUAAGGGCAGAGGAAGAAAUAGGAAGAGAUAUGACAUGAGCCCUUGGCACCAGGCAGAGAAGGAAGAGAGAGCCUCCGACAGAGGAAUGCCUUUUUCUGUUAGCAUGCGACAUGCCUUUGUGCCCUUUCCAGGUGGUUUCAUAUUGGCUGCUGAUUACUCUCAACUUGAACUGAGGAUCUUGGCUCAUUUGUCCCACGAUCGUCGUCUCAUUCAAGUACUAAACUCUGGUGGUGAUGUUUUCAGAAGUGUUGCAGCUGAGUGGAAGAUGGUGGAGCCAGAGUGUGUUGGAGACACUCUGAGGCAGCAGGCAAAGCAGAUUUGUUAUGGAAUCAUUUAUGGAAUGGGAGCAAAAUCUUUGGGAGAGCAGAUGGGCAUUAAAGAAAAUGAUGCUGCUUGCUACAUUGAUUCCUUCAAGUCUAGAUACACAGGAAUUAAUCAUUUCAUGAGAGAGACAGUGCAGAACUGUAGGAGAAAUGGAUUUGUUCAAACCAUUUUGGGAAGACGCAGAUAUUUACCAGGAAUUAAAGACAACAACCCUUAUCAUAAAGCUCAUGCCGAGCGUCAGGCUAUCAACACCACGGUCCAAGGAUCAGCAGCUGAUAUUGUCAAAAUAGCCACAGUUAAUAUUCAGAGACAACUAGAGACUCUCCAUUCAACCUUCAAGUCCCAUGGUCAUCGGGAGGGUGUGCUUCGAAGUGACAGGAAAGGAAAGUUGCCCAAGAGAAAACUUCAGGGCAUGUUCUGCCCAAUCAGAGGCGGUUUCUUCGUCCUUCAACUCCAUGAUGAACUCUUAUAUGAAGUGGCACAAGAGGAUAUUGUUCAGGUCGCUCAGAUUGUGAAGAAAGAAAUGGAAAAUGCCAUAAAACUUUCUGUGAAUCUGAAAGUGAAGCUGAGAAUAGGUGCCAGCUGGGGCGCCCUGGAGGACUUUGAUGUGUGA